AUGGCAGCAGCCAGAGAUCUGAUGCAUGGUGGCCAUCCACAGGCUAAAGGGAGAAAUAUGCCACCAGCCUCUGCCAAGGACAGGCUCAGCAUUAGCCAAGAGCUGGAGUGCCCUUGUGCCCCUUUUGCAGUCCUUUGGGGAUUCUGCUGCCAGGAACAAAUCAUCUCCAGACUGCAGGAUGCUAUGUAUCAGAGAUUCCCCAGGGAAUUUUUCUAUGUCCAUAGCCAGCUGUUCCUCAGACAAGCUUCUAUAAUGGCUCUCUCAGAGGUCCCACCUCUAGUUUCCGCUUCUGCUCCUUAUUUUCCUACAAUAAUACCCCAUUACAUUAAGGGGGAAAAACCAUCUCAGAUGGAAAACUCAAAUUUUGAAGAUGAAGAUGUUUUCCAGUGCCAGUACAACAAUAAGACUCAAGAAGACUUUGACAAAUUUGUGAGUAACCUGAGUGAAGAAGAUUACAAGCUUAUGAGAGACAAUAAUUUACUAGGCAACCCGGGUGAAUAUACAGAAGAAGAGUUGCUGAGAAGACUUCAGUGGAUUAAAACGGUGCAAGAUGAAGAUGAAAAUACAGAUUCCAUGGUUCACAAGGAUAUAAAUUACAGUUCUGCGCAGAUAUUUUCACAACCUCACACCACCACCACAGUGCCUGACUCCACCCUCCCCACACACCAACUUGAUGCAGAACUCUCUUCAGAUGUUGAAUGUUGUAAUGCUUCUGUGUUACCAUGGCUUAGUUAUGAUAAGGAAAUUGGAAACAUGAGAGAUGAAGAGAGAGCAAACCUAUUUUGGGGAGAAAGCUCUCUAGAGCCUAAUCCAAACAGUGAUGAUUUUAGAGUUAGUAUGAGCAUAAAUUUUAAUGCACAUGAGAAUCCAGAUCAAGAAAUAGAAUGUGCUACAUCUACAAGACUUCUGAGUGAAGAAAAUUUGGAAGACAGCCAAAGACAAGUGCAAAUUUUACCACUUGAAUCGAUGUCUACAAGGUCAUCUAUGUCAGAACAAGGUACAACUGAAAUAUUAACAGAAGUCCCAUCUACCAGAGGCCAGAGAAGAGCAAGAAGCAGAAGCCCAGAAAAUCGAAGAGUCAGAUCAAGAAUUGAAAAUAGGUCAGGUAGAAGUAGAAUAAAUGAUAGCUUAGAAAGUUUUCAUUAUCAUUUAACAGGACUUCCUAUGCAUACUCUGGAAGAUGAAGAUGAGGAUGAUACAUUUUUUAUAACUCAACAAGAAGAAACAUUGAGACAAGAAACUACUGCACUUGAAUCUCAAAAUAGUGGUCUUUUAGCAAGUUGUGAAACAACAAAUACAAUUCAAGGCAGCCAUUCUCCAGAUGAAAACAGCAGUGAGGAGUUUAGGAGAUUGCCACAGGCAUACCCAACAAUACUCUAUGAUUCAGAAUUAGAGGUUGAUCUUAUAGCAUCUUCUCAGAAAGACAGUGAAGCUAGUAUAAGUCAAUUAACAUCUGAAAGACAAAUCAACACUGUCAAUUUAGAAAGCGAAGUAGUUCAGGAUACUUUGUCUCCUUUUGAGCAGGCAGAAGCACAAUCUUCCAAUGAAUACUCCUUUAAUAGUUUACUAACUUCUCUUAUGUAUAAUCCGUCAGUUCUAACGGAAAGCACAGUGCGUAAUGACACAAAUAACCUAGUGGAUGAUGAUGAAGUAGGUACUAGUGUGUCAUCCCCAAGUCAACCUACAGAAGGAAUAGAAUUAUCAAAUAUAUUUACUAUUUCUGGUUUGAGUAGUACCAGUACUACUGAAGAAAAUCAUACCCAUAAUUUCUAUUCAAAUACCACACCAGUUUCUAAUUUCAGCUUUGAUUAUGAGUCCAGUUAUAGUUAUUCUACUAUUCCAAUGACCAGUUCUAACAAUGACUAUUCAAACAAUCAUUCACUAAUGUUUGGAGAAAAUGAAAAUAUCUUAACACCAUUAUCACCAGGAGCAGUAACUGAGAUCCUGCGUGAAAGACCAAUGAGCCCAAUGUUUGAUGACAGUGAUUCUUGGUCCUCCCUUAAUCUGGAUGAGUUUCUUCUAGCAGAUGAGAAUGAUGAGCACCAAUCUACAGGACUCACUAAGGCACAGAUUGACAACUUGGAUAUAAGACCGUUUGGUGAAUUUGAUGCAUUAAAAACCUGUUGUAUAUGCAUUACAGAGUUCAUAGAAGGCAAUAAAAUCUGCAUACUGCCAUGCUUACAUGAAUAUCAUCUCCAUUGCAUCAAUCGCUGGCUGUUACAGAAUAUUACCUGUCCCAUUUGUCGCAGGAAUGUAGUAGACAUUGAUGAAUAA